AUGGCGUCGUCAUCCUCCAACGUUGUUGGUGUACACUAUAGAGUGGGAAAGAAAAUCGGAGAGGGUUCGUUCGGUGUAAUUUUCGAGGGCACAAACCUCCUGAACAACCAACAGGUUGCCAUCAAGUUUGAACCAAGAAAGAGCGAUGCCCCCCAACUGAGAGAUGAGUACAGGACAUACAAGAUCCUUGUCGGGUGCCCUGGCAUCCCAAAUGUCUACUACUUCGGCCAAGAAGGUCUGCACAACAUCCUGGUGAUCGAUCUUCUCGGUCCAUCACUCGAGGAUCUUUUCGACCACUGCAACCGGAGAUUCUCCCUCAAGACGGUUGUCAUGGUCGCCAAGCAGAUGCUGUCCCGCGUCCAAACCAUCCACGAGAAGAACCUGAUCUACCGUGAUAUCAAGCCCGAUAACUUCCUCAUCGGCAGGCCAAACUCCAAGACUUCCAAUGUCAUCCACGUGGUCGAUUUCGGUAUGGCCAAGCAAUACCGUGACCCCAAGACGAAGCAACACAUUCCCUACCGCGAACGCAAGUCGCUUUCUGGCACUGCUCGUUACAUGAGUAUCAACACCCAUCUUGGUCGCGAGCAGUCGAGAAGAGACGAUCUCGAGGCCCUUGGCCACGUAUUCAUGUACUUUUUGCGCGGUGGUCUUCCCUGGCAGGGUCUCAAGGCUGCUACUAAUAAGCAGAAGUACGAGAAGAUUGGUGAGAAGAAGCAGACGACGCCCAUCAAGGAGCUGUGCGAGGGUUUCCCCGAGCAGCUAGUGACGUAUCUGACAUAUGUGCGCAACCUCGGCUUCGAGGACACGCCCGACUAUGACUACCUCCGUGAGCUUUUCACCACGGCGCUCAAGGAGGCUGGCAUUCCCGAAGAUGGAGAGUAUGAUUGGAUGAAGGUUGGCAAGCCCGACAGGAAGGGGGACUGGGAUCGCCCGGGCGCUUUGCACAACCCAAACGCCCGCCCCGGGGCUUCGGCCAUGGAGAUCCACGGCAACUCGAGGGGGCCGACGACACACCACCAAAGCGACCCGCGAGCCCCUCAAUUGAGCAUGUCGCAUUUAAACGCCGGGAAACCCCUACCGCCCCAGCCGAACCAGAGGCAGUCGAAGCAAGGACGGCCAAACGCGCCCGCCUUGGGAGCCCAAAGGCCCGCGGUCGGGGGUUACAACAUGCCAGCAGCGACACUACGGGAUCAACCCAAGCCCAGUUCCAGACCAGCACCCAGAACCUGCCGCAACGACCGAUGGCACACUCGCCCGCCAUACCUGCUCCCCAGAAUAACGCUCAACCACAGCCAACAGGCUUCCAGAAGUUCAUGA